AUGGAAAAUUAUGAUAUUUUUGAAGUAAAGGCAAAUAAAUUUCGUCAAAUAUUUAACCAAAUGUUUCCAAAUAAAGAAUUAAUGUCUUUAAAAUCAGCGGAAUCAACAGAUGACAUAAUCAUUAAUUGUCCAUUCUUGCCUGAUACGUCGAUCGAAGUUCAUCCUACAAUGCAUGACUUUUGGCUUAUAAUUUACACAAAUUUCACGGGUAAUAAACAAAAUAAAGUUAAAUACUUUUAGAAUGCUUAUCGGGUAUAGCCGGAUUUUACUUUUAAUUACUUUUAGAUAGAGCUGGAUCCUGACCCUUUGGGGUUGAAGAUUACCUAGUUUGUCGUAGUCGAUAAUGUCGGGGUCGACGUUCUAGCCAAAAAGUGUUCGGGGGUCGUUGUUCGGAUUAGAGUGGUCGAGCCAACUUCACUCGAUUUGGGAUUAAAUUCCUUUAAAUGGUCGGCUGUUCAUAUCAGUAGGG